GAAAAGUCCUAUCUACUGGUGUUGGAAUACUGGAGUGCAGGCGGGUUGCACUCCUGGCUGUUCAUAGGGAGAUAAAAAAGAAAUAGGCAUAGGAGCAUUUUCACAUUCACACACUUCAGAUGAGGAAAUAAACGCCACCCUUUAUCAAAAUGGAUUGGUGAGGUAAGGCUGGCUUGAAGAGGGGAACAAUCACGUGAACAAAUAUGCUUGUAUCUUAAGGCAGCGCCUUUAUUUGUCAUCAUAAAGCUUCCGAAACACUCCCAAAAAUCCUAAUGUUAGCUCCAAAUCUGCACAGGCCUUUCCCUUUCUGAAUUCCUGUAUAUUUCACCGGGUGAUUGAUUGCCAGAGAUUUUUUUUUUCUCCUGGAAUAAGGAUACCUUGUUCGCUUUUUAUUGGUAGCUGAAUGCGAGUCCUUCCAUUCUUUCGGGAAUACUGUCUCCACCGGUAUAUGGAAAUGUCUGAAAAACAGCAAGAUCAGGUUUAGGACAGCAUUGUCUACAGACAAAGGGUGAAGGAUUUAUUCCAGAGACUGCGUGUUGAGGAACUGAGCCUGAGAGGGAACUGCUUUAUGAUGAAUUGAUUCGCAGGUAAGCAAUUGCAUGGCACAAAGCAACCUUUAACCACGGGUUAAUAUAAUGCAGGGAAAUAUAUAUGAUUCAUUUCAUCCACGGAGGUGAUGCUUGUUAAUGUCGCUCUCGGCAGCAUCCUCGCGGACAUGGAGCCCGCGGAUGCCUCUCCACAGGCACAUUCACGCGCAUAUCUCAUUUUUUUGAGGAAAGCGCGUUCAAAUAUUAUCGACAGAGCGAGCCGGAGCUGCCCUGCGCCUUUUUUUUUUUUCCAGCUGAUUUCACGUUUAUGAAAACCGGCUCGGAGGAAGAAGUCGGGAUGGAAGCGGUGAUGAAUGCUUGAGGGACACCAGACAGAGCAGCGCGGAUUUCGGUCACAUACUGGAGCAGCGUUGGGAAACACCAAUCACGUGAAUAAACAACACCCAUGCCAUUGGAUAGAGUUGCACUGGCUUUUUGGCUUUAAAUCCACAAAAUGCAGAAAGCAACGUACUACGAUAACUCUGGACUCUUUGGGGGUUACUCCUACCCCAAACCAGACUCCUACAGCUACGGCCCUGCACACCAGUCCUACUCCACCUCCAACAUCGAGAGUGACUACCAGGGCUCGGUGUGUCCCAUCCAGACCUCUGCAGUCCGGCCGCCGGCCCUCAAAGACAGUGACCUGAACGGAGACUGCAUGCGGCAAAGCGGCAGCCAAAGCAACAGCAGCAGCCAGGCCACCACUAUCUCGGAGCAGCAGGCGCCGCCGCCGCUGUCCGCAUCCUCCCCCGGCUCCAACAGCUCCGCGUCCCAGAAGAAGAAGUCCCCGUCGGGCAGCGGCUCCGGGUCGGCCACCCCGGCCCUCACCAAGCAGAUCUUCCCCUGGAUGAAGGAGACCCGGCAGAACUCCAAGCAGAAGAGCAACAGCUGUGCCACUGCAGGUAGUGACCACGGCGGUGAGGUGAGCGACGAGAAGAGCCCGCCAGGACCGGCCUCCAAGCGGGUCAGAACUGCUUACACCAGCGCGCAGCUCGUGGAGCUGGAGAAGGAGUUUCACUUUAACCGCUAUCUCUGCCGUCCUCGGAGAGUGGAAAUGGCGAAUCUAUUGAAUCUCACCGAGCGCCAAAUAAAGAUCUGGUUUCAAAACAGGAGGAUGAAAUACAAAAAGGACCAGAAGUCUAAAGGGCUCGCGCACUCCCCCCUGGGACACUCCCCGGAUAGGAGCCCGCCGCUGAGCGGCCCAAAUCACAUUGGAUACUCCGGUCAGCUCCAGAACGUCAACAGCCUGAGCUACGACGCGCCGUCGCCCCCGUCCUUCGCCAAGCCCCAGCAGAACAUGUACGGCCUGGCCGCGUACACGGCGCCGCUGGGCGGCUGCAUCCCGCAGCAGAAGCGGUACCCGGGGUCCGAGUACGAGCACCACGGCAUGCAGGGCAACAGCGGCUUCGCCAACGCCAACCUGCAAGGCAGCCCCGUGUACGUCGGCGGGAAUUUUGUCGAUUCCAUGCCGGCCUCGGGGCCCAUGUUCAACCUGGGCCACCUCCCCCACCCCUCCUCCACCAGCGUGGACUACAGCUGUGCCGCCCAGAUCCCGGGGAACCACCACCACGGACCCUGCGACCCCCACCCCACCUACACAGACCUCACCUCUCACCAAGCGUCUCAGGGAAGGAUUCAGGAAGCGCCUAAACUAACGCAUUUGUAAUAUGUGGGGUUCCACGUGUGUGUGUGUGUGCGCGUGCGUGCGUGUAUGUGUGUGUGUGUGCCAAAAUUAUGUUGCGCUCUUCUUUUUUUAUUACCUCACUAGUCUAAUAACUACACUCCAAGCGAGUCGUGUGUAUUAUUACAGUAUUAUUGAUAUUACUAUUAAUGCUAUUGUGUAAUUAUUUUCUAAAUAAUACAGCUUUGUCCAUUUCUCUUGAAUAUUUGGGGAUGCGCAGAGGCACACUAGCCUGGUUGUAAUAGGUUCCCCCCUCCUCCUUUUCGUUUCUUCUCAAGUGCAAUGCGCUUUUUUUUGUUUUGUUUUGACUGAGUAUUUCACGCGGUUACUUGAAGGUAAGUCUUGUAGAUCAUGAAAGUAGAAACUCAUCCUUAAGAGUGAAGGAUUUCUAGGGGAGAUUUUUUUUUUUUUUUGUCUUUUAGGAUCUCAUUUCCCUCACGGGCAUCCUAUUUAUUUAUUAUAUCAUUUUUUUUCUACAUAAUCUUUCUUACUAGCAUAUAGCCUAUUUAUUAUUUAAUUCCUUUUGUAUUGCACAUUAUUUAUCGUUUAUAUGCGAGUAUUUAUACGUGUGGAGUUUGUUGUAAGAUUGGACAGAUCAGUGCACUUGAAAGUGUUUGGUAAAACAGGGUUUUUUUUGGAAAAUGCUAUGACUCGCAGUGUAUUAUUGGAAGAAAAAAAAAGAGCAUUUCUAAUUGUAAAUCUGGGAUAAAUGGGGCAUUUGAUAGUGUUCAAACGUCACUAUAUGUCCAUGGUUAAUCUAGUGUCAAACCUUAAGCAAAACGUAGACUAUCGAAGUAUCAGAUAUUAUACACACCAGCAUGUCAUUUUGUGUAGUCCAUUCCUAUUUUUUAUUUGUCUUCCAUUGUUAUUCCAUUCAGUUGGAUAUCCAUAAAUUUAUGAAACCCUAAUGAUAUUGAAAUGUUAUAUUUUAUUGUGUUUAACAUUUUGUAAAU